AUGGACCAGGCCACGCGCGUUUUAAUCGACGCCCUGGUACCGUCCAAUGGCGCAUCGUGGUGGCCCUGGAUCUAUCCGGAUCUCUCAGGCCUCGAUGGGGCGGCUUGCCUAGUCGACGUGGGCGAUGGACCAUGCCUCGACCCGGCACGCAUCAUCGUCUGGAGUGUCGUAUUCCACACACUGGUCUUGCUGGCCUCACGCGGCUUUUUCCUCAUUGUCUCAAAGGGCUAUCGUCGCGAGUCAUUCUUGGACCAAGUUUAUUGGGAUUCUUGCAUUGUUGGGGCCGUCCAUGCUUGGAUGAGCGCCGUCUUCAGCAUCUGGUUUCUUUCAACCACUGACAUCUUUAACGAGUCGAUAGCGCAAGCCAGCUCGGUGGCCAACUUCCAGUUUGGCAUCACCGGCGGCUACUUCAUCUAUGACCUCGUCCUCUGUGCCGUCAUGGCACCCUUCACGCCCAAGUUUGCCGACCCCAACAUUUUUCUGCACCAUAUUCUGGGAUCAACCGGUUUUCUGCAGCUCAUCACUUGUCGCGCUUCCUGGAUGGGUCUUGCGCUGCUCACGUGGGAGCUCUCCACACCCUUUGUUAAUUUUCGCGUCGUCGCCGCUGGUCAUUUCGGCCGCGACUCAACCGUCUAUCUUCUCAACGGCCUUAUCAUGAUCUUCCUCUUUUUUGUCGUCCGCAUGGUGGGCGGCGUGUACUAUUGGUACAUGUCCUUGAGUCAUCUGUCGGAUAUCUUUGCCCGCAACCCCAUCCACAUUGUGAUCCAGCUCUACUUCAACUCGGUGGCGGGUACCAGUUUGAAUCUCUUUUGGUUCUCGCGCAUGGUCCAAGGCGCCAUCAAGCUUCUCCGCUCUGAUAAGAAGGACCCUGCACCUUUGGACAAGAAAAAUAAAAAGCAAGCGUGA